UUGCAGGGUAAGCAGUGUUUAUCAGCGUUUCCAACAGCUUAUGGUGAAUUUUUAAAACAGUUUGUUUGAAGUAUUCCAGUAACGUUACCUUUCCUCGAGGUAUUUUAAUACGAAUCUUGCACUCAGCCAUGUCGUCGAUCCAAGUUAGAGCUGGCCUCACCACUGGCCCAGAGAACGCAUUAAAAAUGGGUAAAUCAACUUUUGGUGGCCCAAGGAGAGCAGCUCUCGGAGAGCUUACAAACGCCCCCGGUGUAGUUCUAAACACAAAGAAGACUCUACAUGGCAAGGCUACCACAAAACCAACCCUGAACCAGAAGGCAAAACUAAAGCUGGCUGCAGUAACGUUGCUGCCUCCAGUUCAAGGUCAAGAAGCCUUCCCCAUGUGUGAAGAAUCAACUGACGUCUCCAUGAAAGAACAGGAACUCUGCCAGGCUUUUUCUGACGUUCUCCUUACUGUAGAAGAUAUUGAUGAACAGGAUGGGGACAUGCCACAGUUGUGUGCUGAAUAUGUGAAGGACAUAUAUUCCUAUCUCAUGGCUCUUGAGCAAAAACAAAGUGUGCGACCGAGGUACUUGCAAGGCUAUGAAAUCAAUGAAAGAAUGAGGGCCCUCCUGAUCGACUGGCUGAUCCAGGUUCACUCUAGGUUCCAGCUACUGCAAGAGACUCUGUAUCUCACAGUUGCCAUUCUGGAUCGUUUUCUACAGGUUCAGCCUGUGUCUCGCAGGAAGCUCCAGCUUGCAGGUGUGACAGCCAUGUUGGUGGCUUCAAAGUAUGAGGAGAUGUACUGUCCAGAGGUAGCAGACUUUGCAUACAUCACUGACAACGCUUUCACCAAGCCCCAGAUACUGCAAAUGGAGCAGCUUAUUCUCAGGUGCCUCAAUUUUGACCUUGGACGCCCUCUGCCUUUACACUUCCUCAGGAGAGCCUCAAAGGCUGCAAAUUCCAAUGUGGAAAAGCAUACCCUUGCCAAGUACCUUAUGGAGCUGACGCUGGUGGAUUAUGACAUGGUGCACUACCGGCCCUCUGAGAUCGCUGCUGCAUCCCUGUGCUUCUCGCAACUCCUGCUGGAGGAUCUUCCAUGGUCGCCCACACAGCACCACUAUGCUACCUACGACGAGAGCCACCUGAAGCCAAUUAUGCAGCACAUGGCCAAGAAUGUAGUGACCGUCAAUGAGGGCAAAACCAAGUUUCAGGCUGUCAAGAACAAGUACUCCAGCAGCAAACUAAUGAAGAUCAGCCUGAUUCCUCAGCUCAAGUCAGAUGUUGUUACAAGCAUGGCAGCACCCCUGAUUAACAAUCACUGACAUAUUUUUAUUUUAUUUUUUUAUGUACAUAUUAUUUGCCUUUAUUUUUAGAAUUAUUUGGGAGAAACUGAAUUGGCUUUUUAAUGACUAUUUGUAAAAUUGGGUUCUUCUCACUUGCUGUUGAUUUUUACUUGUUCAUUUUGGAAAUAAAACCAUAUUGCUGAA